AAUUUUGCAGAAUGAGUUUUUCCAAAACAAAAAUUGACCAAAAAGAAUAUUUAAAACGGUAUCUAUCUAACGACAAAGAUAAAAAGAAGAAGAAAAAGAAGAAGGAAAAACAUGCAUCUGGAAAAGUGAAUGUAAAAAUUAUCGACGAUGACGACGUAGCUAACCCACAUCAGCUGCAAAAUGCAGACGAAUCAGACCUGUUUGCUCUCGGAGAAGAGGCACCACAAAUUGUUGGUAUCAUUGACGAACGUCCACCGGAGCUAAAGGCAAAGGAAGAUUUUAACACUAGCAAAUGGAAAAAACUGACCGUUGACGACGAACAUAAAGGGAACACUAGAAGUGAGACUUAUUUGGAGAAAUGUCAAAAAAGAAACCCACCCAUUACAUCAGAGUGGGAGAGUUCAAAACGGCGUCGUGAUUCGGACGCAAGUCCUCCAAGAAGAAAAGCUGAUCGCAGUCCUGCGGGGAGAAAAGAACCUUUGGAUGGCGAGCCGAAGAAAAGAUAUGCUCGAAGCUCUGAUUCAGAUGUAAGUCCUCCCAGAAGAAAAGCCGGAAAUUCUUCCAGAGGGAUUAAGUUGGAAUAUGAUUCUGAGCAAUCGAGAAAGGCUUCAAGUAGUAAUUCCCAUCGACAAUAUACUGAAGACAGGUCCCGAUCAAUGCGACGACGUUCAGACGACAGUCCGCGUAGGAGUCAAUCGGGGAACAAGCAUCGCGGGUAUUUGGAUCAUAGCCCUCCAAGGCGAGGGCAAUCUUCAAAGGAAAGAUCCACUCAAAGAAGGCGUGAUUCCGACGAAAGCCCACCUAGGCGCUCCCAAACUGCUGCUUCUGAUCAAAUUAUUAAGAAAGAACGAACCGUUUCCAAAUCGCGGAGUCGUGCACCGGAUAUAAGGCACAUAAAACAGGAAGUUGUUUCAUCAGACGAAAGUCCUCCUCGUAGAAGAGUUAUAGAUUCAGAUGAGAGUCCCCCUCGCCGAACAGAGCGAAGAAAACCGGACACCCCUCCAUUGGUGGCACGUAUCAAAAAAGAAAGGGACUAUGAUUCUAGAUCUGAAGCAACGAAAUCUAAAAAGAUGGCUACCACGUUAGAGGGGAAAAUUGCUGGCCUCCAAGAUGCCAAGGCUAUGAAGAUUGAAAACGAGAAGUUCCGUCGAAGAGAAGCGGAAGCCUACGAGAAUAUGUCUGCCGAAACAUCCGGGAGGUAUGCAAAAACCGUAGUUCGCGAAAAACGUGGUAAGCGACGCGAGGAUGUUGAGGAAGAACUGCGAAAAGAGUUUGAAAAGCGUAAACGUGACGAGAAGAAAAAAGAAGUUUACAGUCGAUGGGGAAAAGGAGUGAAACAAGUUGAUGAAUACAAGGCUCGAUUGGAAGAAGCUGCUCACGAGAUGAAUAAACCCUUGGCAAGAUAUGCAGAUGAUCAAGAUUUGGAUGAAUUUCUGAAAAAACAGGAUCGUUUAGGAGAUCCGAUGUUGGACUAUAUACGCAGUAAAAAGAAGGAAAAGACCCGUGAAGAAGGACGUCCUGAAAAACCUACAUACAAAGGCUCUUUCAUGGACAACAGAUUCGGUAUACGUCCUGGUUAUCGUUGGGAUGGCGUAGAUCGGUCCAACGGUUUCGAGAAAAAGUGGUUUGAAAUGCAGAGCAAGAAGAAGGCUGUCGAGGAGGAAGCUUACAAGUACAGUGUAGAAGAUAUGUAGCUGUGUAUGGAAAGUAUAAGAUCGAAAAGUAAUAGAUAUCUAUUAUUUUCUAAAGAUAGCAUUUCCUCCGACAAAGGCAUCACGGUCCUGAAUUUGAUCAAAAACUGCCUUUUUUAUGUACGCCACUAAUAGGUACGGUGUCAAUAUCAUUGAAUAAAAAU